CAAAUUGAUUAUUUCAGCGUUCUUCUUUUAAUAUAACGCCGGAAACAAGAGACACACUAUUGAAAAGUGCGAAUAGAUUACUAAUGAAACGUUGUGCUUUUUUUUUAAAUAACGUAUAGUAAAUUACGCACACGAGGAUUACUUGUAUCGACAAAAAGCAAGACAAGUGUAUAGAAAUUUAUGUUUGUAUGGGAACUUUGUCAUAAUAUGACUCGACCACUCGUAACCAUGUGCACUUAAAUACUGAAGGAUCAUAAUGGAUAUAUGUAGUGAUUUAUAGGAGAAUACCCGGAUUUCAUUUCACACUUACCUUUAAGAAGAUCUAUAAUCUAUUAGAGGUUUAAUCUUAUCUGGGAGAUAUUUUAAAGACAUGAAUUUAUACAUUAAUGCAAACAUUUUUCAUGUGAUAACUAAAAUUAUAGUGGACUGGGAUCUGUUUAAAUAAGACUGUUUGAGACAUAAGAUUCAAGAUGUCGAAUUCAGUAAAAUUGGUUCGGAUUCGGAAAUCUCACAGCUUCUCUGUGAAACCUUCACGUAGCUGGACCGGAAGUGUCAGUUCAAUACAAAGCGAUCCGGGCAAUUGGUCCCUACGUUCGCAGAGUUUAAAGAUGCGCCCUGUGUUGGACUUCCGAAUGCCGACCCUCGCUAAUAAAGGACCAUUUCUUCUACCAAUAGAAGACAUUGCUGCCAAAACCAAAUCUCGUCUACAACAUUUAGAAUCACAUCCGCCAUCUAGUCUCAGGGAUGUCAGACAAGCGCUUGCUGGUGAAAUUAAAGCGAUUCAGAAAAAGCUAACGCGGUUAGAACGCUCUUAUUAUGGCGUUGGCAAAUCGCUUAACCACGAAGUGAAAAAAUACGCAACACCAAUAAAGAUUCUUGUGCGCAUGCUUGGGUAUUUCGAAUUGCCAUCGGUUAAAGCAGUUGAAGCAGCUUUAAAAUAUGGAUCUGACCCGAAGAGGUACAAAGGUGAUCCAGAAAACGUCCAGCUUCUUAAAGAAGCUUACACAAAAGUCCAAUCAUUUGUCCCAGCCAAAUUUACAGAUGUAACAGAGCUUUGUGAAAAAAUGCUUGAGCUUCUUGAGAAAUACUGCAUCAGCUUCUACGAGCCAGAUGGUGAAAUUGAAGUAGAAACAGCUCUGCAUUAUGAGACGCAGAUACGUACAUGGAAACGAGUCAUCCGCGAGACUUUAGGGAAAAUCAACGAGUUAAUGGUACAUUUCAAGAACAGGGGAAUUCAUUACACAAUGUUUACUUCUACUGUGGCAACGUUUUGUCAGAGAAAUGAGUGUGAAAUUGUUCCAUUUCUUAUGCUGUUUGCAGAAGCCUGUACCAAUAUCAGAACUGUGUUGUCAAUUAUGACACAAUGGUUGAAGUCUGACGAAAACUAUAGCGUCUUUCUACAAAAUGACGUCACCGAUUUAGAACGCCAGAAGGAAGAGCAAACAAAAGUCAUGCGCGAAGCGCGAGAACAUUACCAUUCUGCAAUGUACAAAGUAAAUCAAGCAGAAACUGAAUAUACAAAACUUAUGCAUGAACUAGAAAACCUUCAAGAAAAGGAAGAAGCUAAUGAAAUUGAAGAAACAUUUCUGAUUAACAAGUGUAAUGAACUAGAAAUGGACAUGGAAUUCAAAGAAAGUCGUAGAGACGAUCUUAAAAACAAACCAUUAGAUGCUGAUAUAGAAUCAUUAGCAAUAACAUGGGACAAUCUGAAUGAAGAAAUCAGGUUUCUCAAAGACAAUCUACCCGGCGUGAAACGCCAACUGGCAACGGUACAGCACAGACGAGAAUGGAUGACAGAACGAAGGCAUCAACUAGAAAAGAUGGAAAAAGAGAUUGCACAAUUAACAAAAGAAGCAAAAGUAGCUGAAAAAGAUAAAACCAAACGUGAAGCGGAAUACGAGACAAUCGAGAAAACUCUGGAAGUAUCUAGGAGGUUAUUGCUACACAAGACAAGCAACGACUCUGUAUCGAAGAUAUUCUAUGAUUUACCAAUCACUGCCAGAAAUAAUAAAGCAAAACUGCCAAGCAUUUCGAAUGGAACAGAUGGUACGUUGGAUAAAGCAUGUUCCAUUGUUGUCAAACAUAUAGACCAAGACUGGAUACAGCUUUACCGCAAUCUUCCAUUCUUUCCUUCACGAGGGUCUGAAACUAUCGAGAAAGACAUAGCAAGUAUUGCUGUAGAAGGUGCACGAGGGCCCAAGGAAGACAUUUCUGCUGUGGCGCUCGCUAGGUGGCGCCGUCAUCACACUCGCGCACGCGCAGAAGACCUUAAACAAGGUUUGAGAGCUAUCAAACGGUUUGAAAUAAUGAAAGCGGUUGAUUUGAUUAUCCAUCCACCUCCAGUUAUUGAGGAACCACCGGAAUAUAUUCCGCCGGAACUGGAUCCUUCUUUGAUUCCUCACUACCGUGAUAUAGUCAAGCUUGAUAAGUUGAUAGCAGCAAAAAGAAUUCAGGUACACCAAUUAUCAGAGGAAGACUAGACCAAGAGGCUUAGAUAAACAAUUUAGGCAGAGGCACACAUUUUUAGGUCGGUGAUAAAACAAACACUUUUAUAAGAUAGACAGAUAAAAUUCAAUAUUUUGUUGUUUAUGCUAGAUAUAUCAAACAGGUACUGGAGCAGACUCAAUUUCAAGUAAAAAUCGUCCCAAGAUUUUAAAAUCCGUAUUUCCGGUCUACCGCUUCGGUGACACAUUCACUCUGCAAUGUAUUUAUACUCAGGCAAAGUUUUAUCCAAAAGUAAACUGGCAAUCUUACCGCAGAAAAUAAUUUCGCCUCCUUGCACAUUCUUGUUGGAGGAAGUGUCAAAACUAUUGGAUAUUGGAUACAACUGUUGUUUCGGAUGAAUAUAUAUAAUAUUCUUUUUUUAGCUGAAAGACAUGGGGAAUAAUUGUAACCCAGAAUUAUAGAUGAUCUAUUUUGAAUUAUUUCCCUUCCCUUAUAUUUCAUUUCCUUUUUAUGCAUUUAGUAGUUAUUUAUAAAAUAAUAGAUAAAUUAAUUGUU